AUGAGGAGAAUGGAUGUGGUAGCACUGGAGUCGGGUUCAGAAGAUGAGGAGAAGAAAUCUGUUGUACAGGCAGAUGUGAAAAAGGCAAUUCCCAGGAGUGAACAACAGCAGCAUAAUAGGGGAUUGAGUAGGGAUAAUAGGACUAGUGGUAGGAGCAAUGAUAAGUUUAGGACGAAGAAGAUUUUUGUAGGAGGUUUAUCAGCUAACCUAACUGAAGAAGAAUUCAGAAGUUACUUUGAGACGUUUGGUAUGAUAACAGAUGUCGUUAUAAUGCAGGAUAGUGUGACCCAUAGGCCAAGGGGUUUCGGUUUUAUUACUUUUGAUUUGGAGGAUUCUGUUGAAGAUGUUAUGAAGAAGAACUUUUAUGAGUUGAAUGGAAAGCUCGUGGAGGUCAAAAGGGCCGUACCUAAAGAUGGAAUUAGCGGUAGCAACAAUGGUUCUAAUAGAAGACUGGGUGGUGGAAGAGGCUCUAAUUUUAACUCUUAUCAGCAUGGAAGUUACCCAACUUAUAUCACCAGAUUCGGGUAUUACCCCUCUGGAUAUGGAAAUGAUGUGGGUUAUCGUUAUGGAACUGGAACUUAUGGUGGUGGUUAUGACUCUGGAGGGUAUGGUGGACUUGGUUAUGGUCUCACUCCAAUUGGGCCUAGGAGUCCUUGGAAUGCUUCUGCAAUGGUUGGAGUUGGGGGAAGCUUGUUGCCUUAUGGUGGUACAACUCCCAUCUAUCCCUCGCACUUGAAUGGUGGUGCUGGAGUAAUGUGCUUUGCCGUCAAUGGAUAUAAUGGCAUUUUGGGGACUGGAUUCAGUGGAAAAUUGGCUCAACUUGGUAACACAGAUACCCAAGGUGCAGCUGAGUCAAUGCCUGGUCAGACUCGUAGGGGUAACAUGGACGAUAAUUUUUUUAGUUCUGGUUGAACCAUUGGAGCUGCUGCUGACAAACAGAAUUAAGAAUGUAACGAUGAGAAAUUUAAGUCUGAUCUUGCUGGUAAUUCCAGCUGACUUCUUGUGGAUAUUGACAGGUUAGUAGUUACUCAUGUUGACGGGGUUGGGGUUGACUCUCUAUCAUUAUUCAGUUGUCCUUUCAUUAUGUGUAUUUUUAAUUCUUAUAUAGAUUUGUCUUGCAUUGUGUUAAUUUUAGUGUCAAUAAUUCUUGGAUUCAGGAUUCAGACUACCGUAUUAGAAUUCUUUUAUGUUUAAAUGUUCAUGAUUUUCCAUUCUUUCUGUUAAAAUAUUGGUGUCGUCAUGGUGAUGCCCUUGGAAAUUAACAGUUUUCCCAUGUGAAAUGGUUUUUACAGUUUAGUGUAAAUAACAAGCAUGCUUGUUAUAGUCCAUCUUUCUUAAACAAUUCAUGUUUCUUGUUAUGGUUUUCUAAUUCUUCUUUCUUUGGAUUUCCUUAUCAGCUUCUAGGUAGCUCUUCUAAAUGUAUGAAUCAGACUGUAACCAUUUUGCUAUAUUUUUCCACAUGUUUACUGGUACUAUUAAUAUCACUAUUUUUUGACUUAUGCUCAAAGGUAGAAAUACCUAUUUUCUUACGACUUUGAGAAAGUUUGUGAUUUUUCAGGACUUGAUCGUGUCAUUAGAAUUUCAUCUCUUUAUUAAGUUACCUAUUUUUCUCUAAAUAACUGAGGUGUUUUUGUUUUAGGUCAUGAAAUGUUUGGGACAUGCAUGUACUUGCUGGGUUCUAGCCUUCUGUAUUCUUGUUGGCUUCUUAAACUCUUACAUGUAAUCUCUUGCUAUGCUGUUUCACUUAUUGUCUAAUUUCAUUUCUUCCUGAGCUGAGUUGGUUUUGAAUGUUUGUUGUUGGAUUAAAAUUGAAUUAUGAAUGUUCACCGAAGUAGGGUUGAAGAGAUUCUUGGUUGUUUAAAUAACUUGCUGUGUCUGUUUGAGAUAUGUUUUGAACAUCUGAGCAAAAAGUAGGUUCUGUAUUACUAUUUUGUAAGGCUUGGUUGAAAAUGUCCUGUCAUGCGUGAAAUGUGCCUGAUGAACUAUAGGUGUAAGUUGCUCACUUGAUAUUGAUGCUUUCAAAGGAGUGGGAGUGACCUUUCAAGGAUUUCUUUUCUACUUCAAGUAUGGGGCUUCAUACCCUCCAAAUGGUGGUUUUUGUUUGUCCUAAUAAAUUCGAUGACAUGAAAUACGACACUUCAUGUAACUUUUCAAGAAAGCAGGACACAUAUAUGUUAUAUUUUCAUGUAAUAUCUUUCUUCAAUGCAAUUAUUACCCUUCUAUGUUUAAAUUUUUGAAGUGAAAUCUUUUGAGGUAACGAGUAUUUGUUGCACUUUGUAUCACUAGCGGAAUCAAAAUUAUUCAUGUAUCAUAAAUUGCAUAUCAUGUAUUAACAAAUUCAGUGAGUUCAAUUUUUCUCAUAUUAUGUUGAUUCUUUUACACCAAUAGUUUAAAUAAUUUUCUAGUUUGUAUCUCAAGAUUUACAAAAUUGGGGUUAUACCUUGCAUGUCAGCAAUUAAAA